AUGGAUGAAAUCACGUAUAUCUGCAAACGAACAGUGGUGAGCACCAAGCCAGUUGAAGCGGGAAAGUACUUUCCCUUGUCAGUUUUGGAUCGUCACAUGGAGAACAACCAUAUCAGAAUGGUGUACUACUAUCCCACUGCCCCACCACCAGAAACAGAUUAUAAGGUCGGAGAGAUCACAAAGAACUUGAGAAACUCUCUGGCCCAAACCCUUACCUUCUUCCCCAUAAUGACCGGACGCUUGAUCAGAGACGACAAAGGCCACUGGAAGGUCAAGUGCAACGACGCCGGCGUUAGAAUGGUGGAGGCAAAAGCCAAAGGCAGUGUUCGUCACUGGUUGAAACAUGUCAACAGAGAAAAGGAACUCCAACUCGUCCACUGGGAACACAUGUUCCACAAACCUUACUUUUGGUCCACUUUUUAUGUUCAGAUAACUGAGUUUGAAGAAGGCGGGAUAGCAAUAGGGCUAAGUUUCAGUCAUCUCCUGGCAGAUACAACUUGCGGGACGAGGUUCAUGAACGCUUGGGCUGAUAUUUCUUCCCUCAACAAAAUGAGUGCUCCUCCUUUGUUUUACCCACUUCCUCCACGCAGACCUGGGAACAAAACCCCUAACCGCCAACCAUACUUGGACUUGAUCAACCACUACAGGUCCUCUGUUCAGAAACCCAUUAUUGCUGUCACAGAACCAAAAUAUACUACCAUCAGUUUUGGGUUCUCAGAUGAAAUGGUUCGAACCUGCAUGGGCAUGGCUCAAGCUCCCGGUGGACCCAUUCCCUCACCUUUUGAAGCCCUGGCUGGGCUUUUCUGGGUUUGUCUGAGCAAGAUUAAAGGGAUGACUAAUAAUGGGUUUGCGGAUAUGUCUAUAUGCUUGGAUGCGAGGAAGGCCCUGGGCUUAGACCAUGGCUUCUUCGGGAACUGCACGGUUUAUAAUAAGGUUCAUGCAGGGGAUUUAGGUAAUGAUAAUAAUAGGUUGGCACAAGCAGCGAGUGCCAUAAGAGAAGCAGUGUCAAAGAUGAACAGUGAGGGAAUAAUGGAUUUGAUCGAGUGGUUUGAAGAUAGUGAGUUGAAUUGUCCGACGAUGAUGAAUGGUCAUGAUGUGAUUUGUGGCAAUAUAGAGGAAGUGAAUCCUUACAUGACAAGGUUUGAAGAUGGGUUGGAACCAAUUCGUGUGAGUUAUUACGUAGAGCCAGUUUUGGGAGAAGGACAGGUGUUGAUUAUGCCAGCACCAACUGAGGAGGGUCCGUCAGGCCGCGUCGCAACGGUGACCCUCCGAGAAGACCAAGCAAGCAAGCUUUGUGAACAUGAUCUUAUUUCACACUUAUGUCCAACAACUUCCAUGAAAAUCCGAUGA